AACAUUCUUUGAUUUCAGGUCAUAACAUCCAAUCAGAGUUGGCGACAAUUUCAGCCGGGCGAGCUGUGCGCUAAGGCUGGGUCCAACAAAGGAGAAGGUCAGGUUUGAUCCUCGUGGCGCCAUUGACAUCGAACUGGUGAAAGGAGGGGAGCAACCUGAGGCUUCCGACAAGCUGGAUUCUAUAUUGAAGCAAAUGCGAGAAGCCACCGACAAAAGGAAGGAAAUUGAGAAAGAGCACACAGAAACACUAAACCUCCUAAAAGAACAACAGUGGAAAAUCCAGAAGACUGUUACCAAUUCUUCAGAAAAAAGCAAAGCUUAUGAAGUCAUCGAAACAUUACAGUCUAAAAUUCGUGAACUUGAAAAGAAGGCUGAACUCCAAAAUGUACUGCACGAAGAGCUUGCACUGGAAAUGGCGGCAAUUAAGAGAAGUGCGGCGAAAGCAGCGAGUAUGGCAGCCUCACAGCCGCAGGGGGCUACCUCACUGCCCCAUUGCAACUGGGGCAAACACAUGCAAGAAACGUCCAUGUCACCAGAUUCUAUGAUUUCGAGUUCAGAUAUGAAUAAUCUAGAACAAACUAUGCCGGCUACAUGCAACUCACUCGAUAAUCAUAUAGAACAAAGAUCUACAUUGAAAAGACAACCGUACGGAGUUGCAUCAACUGCUCAACAACCCGCUGUUGCAAAUGAGGUGUUACAUUUGCACCCUCAGCAAAACAUUACCUCGGAGAUUGACUCCAUCAUGGAAAAAAUUGAUCACGACAAUCGAAUUCUUGCAGAGUUGGAUAAAAGCAGGUUUACCAUAGGACAGAGUGGGGUAACAAGCAGACAGCUUCCCGUUCAGCCAAAGAUGAACACAUCAACCCUCACAAGCCAUACAACUACCUCUAAUGUUAAUCAAUCAACUACAUUACCUGUGAGUGGGUUGACAAAUGUAACUGAUACCCUUAGUCGACAUGGAUUACCAGGGACCAUUACAACAGUAGACGGAACUACUUUUCUUGUGCCUGGAACUACUCUCCUUGGACAGGGAAUUCCAACAGGGAAUCCAACCAUGGUUAACACAUAUCCUAUUGUUCUGGGUACGAGUGUUAACACAAAUCCCCUACGAGGUCAACAUAUGAUGGUGCAUUCUCAGCCAAGAAUGAUGCCACAAAUUCCUACUAUAAUACCACAGUUUGAUAUUGAUAGCAUUGAAUAUGCACGAUUCAUUUUAGGGAUGUACGGUACAUUUCCUGACCAGCACCUAACAUUAGGACAAGACUCGAAAAUGGUUGACAUGUUGGACAUCCCUGGAAAAGGAAGAUGUUACGUUUAUAUCGCAAGAUAUUCUUAUGAUCCAUUUGUGCAAUCCCCCAACGAUUGUCCUGAAGCAGAGCUAGCCGUGAAUGCUGGAGAUUACAUUCUAGUUUGGGGAAAUAUGGAUGAGGAUGGUUUCUUUGAUGGUGAACUUCUUGACGGCAGAAGAGGACUUGUCCCAUCAAAUUUUGUUCAAAAACUGGUUGGUGACGAUUUACUCGAUUUUCAUCAAUCAGUAGUCCAAGUAUUGAGAGACUGCGAUGACUCAGUGUCCACUAAUAUACCUCCAGAUUUAGAUUACAAUAAUCUCAAUAGUGGAGAUUUCUUCAGUAAAAGAACUUCUGCUGAUUUUGACUUGGCAGAUAUUCUUGAGGAGGAGGAGGAGGAAGAAGACAUUGACCACACAAGGGAAGGACAAGACGUGUUCUUCUCGGUGCUAGUCGCUGCCCCUAAACAGCUGACUCUUGAGAGGCAACUCAACAAAAGUAUCCUGAUCGGUUGGAAUCCUCCCGACUCGCCAUCUCCUCAGAUAGACUGCUACCACGUCUACGUUGAUAGAGUUCUCAAGGUCACCGUCAAAGCUACUGAACGGACUAGAGCCCUUGUUGAAGGAGUCGAUUCAAACAGACCACACCGAAUAAGCGUUCGCUCAGUAACGGUGAAUCGACGGACGUCAAGGGAUGCAGCAUGUACUAUGGUUAUUGGAAAGGACGUCCCUUUGGGUCCUACGAACGUGAAAGCUGGCAGAGUGACUGCCACAUCGGCAGUUAUUUCUUGGCUGCCGAGUAACAGCAAUUACCAGCACACAGUUUGUGUCAAUAAUGUCGAACUACGGACUGUUAAACCGGGUGUCUAUAGGCAUACAAUCACAGGUUUGGCCCCAAAUACAGUAUACAGAGUAACAGUACGAGCGAAAAAUAUUAGAGCUCCUCAUUUUGAUGAAAAGGCGAAUAUUCCGAUAGAAAGAUAUGCUUGCCAUAUCGACUUCCGCACACUUCCAAAAGGCUGUAAAGAGAAAGCAGGUAGAACUGUGGGUCAUUCCUAUGCAAGAGACCUUGAUGAAGGACUACCAGAACCACCAGUUGAUAUACAAGUAGAGCCAGGACCACAAGAUGGUACACUGUUGGUCACAUGGCAGCCAUCGACAUCUAUUUCAUCUCCAGCUGGGACACUGGUGACUGGUUACGCUGUAUAUGCAGAUGGGAAAAAAGUCACUGAUGUAGAUAGCCCCUCAGGCGACCAUGCUCUAAUAGACAUAAACAAGUUAUUGGGAUUGAACCCAAAACAAGUAACCGUUAGAACAAAAUCACGAGAUAACCAAUCUUCAGAUAGUCUUCCUACCCAAAUACCUCCACAUAUAUUGAAAGGAAAACAACAAAACGGAAAGGGUGAAACACAGGGUGUAUGGGGAUACUUUCAAAAUUGGCUACAAAAUGAGGACAAGCCUUUAAUUGAUUCUUCCAAGAUCCUGGCCAGUGUUCCAUUUGCAAAACAACAAGAAGAUGAUAGAAGAACAAGGUACGGGUCGAUUCCACCCCACAUGAGACAUCAGCAUAGACCAGGUCAGGUUAUUGAAACAGAAGAGAACCUAAGUGAUAAAGAAAUAUACCCAAAUAACCACAUGAGCAUACCAGCAAUAGAAAUCACUAAAGAUACUGGAAGUGAAGGCAACUUCAGUGAAGAAGACUAUUUAGAUAGACGUUCUGGAGGAAGGGGGCAUUUUGACACCAAAGGGGGAGCACGGGGUCGACCCCAUCAUCGUCAAGAUAUGGCACAUCACCCCAGACACCACAGAAGAGAUGAAAGGGACCAAUUUUACAUGGAUCGUGGAGAGGGAAAGGGCCGAUUUGAAAGAGAAAGGGAAAGAGAACGUGAAAGGGAUAGAAUGCCAGUCGGCGGUUUCAGAAAUCCUAGGGGCAAUCAACCUCCUCCACCUCAAAACCCGAGAGACAAGCGGACUAGACUGUUUGUAGCCCUUUUCGAUUACGAUCCGGAAAAAAUGUCACCCAACCCUGAUGCGUGUGAGGAAGAGCUACCAUUUUUAGAGGGUGAUACAAUCAAGGUCUUUGGUGAUAAAGAUGCAGACGGAUUUUACUGGGGUGAAUGCAAAGGCCAAAGAGGGUUUGUUCCUCACAAUAUGGUCAUAGAGAUGCAGGGAAUGGAUGGAGGUCCACCGGGUCAAAGUAAGGAUCAUAGGGAUCGAGACAGAUGGGCUGACAUAUAUGCUAAUAUGCCAGUGAAGAAGAUGAUUGCAUUGUAUGACUACGAUGCACAUGAAUUGUCCCCCAAUGUAGAUGCUGAACAGGUGGAAUUGUCUUUCAAGACGGGUAACAUCAUCUAUGUCUAUGGCGACAUGGAUGAUGAUGGAUUUUACAUGGGUGAACUUGAUGGAGUACGAGGGUUGGUCCCAUCGAACUUUUUGACUGAAGCACCACCAGAGUACAAUACUGGGCCGAUGGGCCCAGGUUCGAUGAAAGGAGGUCGUCCCCAGCAAAGGCCACAAAUGGAUAGAGGGCAUGGGCCUGGAGCACGAGGUCCACCUCCUCCUCCACGGACAGACCAAAGAGGAGAUCGUAGGAAAGGCAUAGUGACAAUGUGCUAUCAUACAAGGGUUGAUGAUACUUGAACCCUUAUGCUUUGCAAUGCUUCAUUGAAGCUAAUACAAAUUGGUAAUUUGAUGAGUAAACCAAACGACUGAUUGAACUAAAAGUAAAAGCUCAUAUGAUUUUUGGUUGGUGACUAUUUGCAUCGAGUGAGACUGUUGAUAUAUAGGAGUGUGGUUAAAACCACACAAUGGAUAUUAAUUUAUAAUAUUUAUUAUUACAAUAAUACAUUUUGAAAUUCUUAAACAAUUACGGCGAAAAUUAAACAUGAGUGAUGUGAUUUUGCAAUCGGAGGCAAUUCAUUGUAUGUUUGUAUGCAAUUUGUUUAUUUUUGUUUUUGCUUUAGAUGUUUUGCUACUCUUUACGCUCUACGAAAAACUGUAACACAUUAAGUGUAAUUUUUAAGUUCUUUGGAGUUCUUUUUCACAAUAAUCUAGUAUUGCUAUGUGAUUUUUAAUUGCAAGCAUCUGUAGAAGUCUUAUUUGUUGUGGCGAAUUUCUAUUGCAAAUAUUAAGUGUUAUUUUUUGCUAUAAUACUACCUGUUAAUGUCACAAACAUUUGUUCGUGAGCUUGUGUUUGUUUUCUGUGAGUGUGCAUCUGUGUUUACAUUGUUUCAAAUAUGGUUAAUUUAAUUU